GCCACCUUGCAUUCAGAAUGAAGUAUAACAGUCAUCGACCUUCUACCAAUCCACCAUGUCCGAUUCAGCAGGCAUUUCAGACCUUCUGCCUACCAACUUCGUCGGGACUACUAUGGCUGGCGUGCAGAACGAGGACGGGAGAUUUCGAGUCUACUUUCAGAACAAAGACUAUCAUAUCUACGAAAUGUCGUUGAACGACCCAAAGAGCACGACCUAUGACCUCCGGCAACUCACUACUUCUACGAUGCCCGCUGCCCGUAUCAACACGCCCAUCGCAGCCGUGGCGUGGCAUGACUUGCAACAGAUCCGCGUGUAUUACAUCACUGUCGAUAAUCGGGUGCAGGAGAUGGUCUUCACCCGAGGCUAUGAUUGGCAGAAAGGCGCGACCUUAGGCACCGCAGUUGAGGACAGCACCUGCCUGUAUGCGCAAUACCGAUUCACCACUGAACCCUUGGUCAGGGUUGGGUUCCAGUCAUCCGCUGCUCCUCAGACUAUCACCGAAGCUUUAUACAACGUGAAAGAUAAAUGGAAGAACCGUGUACUCUAAAUUGGGAACCAAUGUUAGCAUGGGCUUGUCAAGCUUUCAAGGAUGCGGAUACGGGAUCAGCUUCGGUACCUGUCACAAAUGUUGUCUAUGUAACCAUAUGCUGAGCCAAGAGCUUGUCAUCUACCCCUUUGCCCUCUCCAUCUCUGUUAAAUCUUAUGAUGGAAAUGAUAAUAAUGUAAUCAGACGGGGCAGUCUAUGUCACUUUCUCUUAUGUUUUU